AUGCAACAGGCGCGAAAGCAGCCUGUGUUUGAUGCACGCCCACUUACAGACACAUUUGCGCAGGCGAUCCGCGAACUACAGAGCAUCAAGGGCAAAAUGCUCGAGCGAAGCACUGCGCUCAAUUCGGCUGUGCAAGUGUCGCAGUCUGUGUAUACCAAGAAGUUGCGGCAGCUAACGAACAAUUUUGAUGCAACACAGUCGUCGUUUGACUCGCUGCAGGCGCGCAUCUCUGAAGUAGGGCGCACGGCUAUCCGAAUCGGGGAGCAACUGGAGGCCUUGGACCGCCAACGUACUCGAGCAAAUGAGACACAAGACCUGAUUGAAUUUUACUACAUGUUCGCGCGAGGCAGCUCGGACAGGCUUGACAAGCUGAGGAAGGAAGGCGGGCGUGAGGGGCGACUGAAAGCCGCGACGAUCCUGCGUCGACUUGCCGUCAUCAGCCGCGAGGUGGACAUUGAGGGCAGCAAUGAAACGCGUGGGUUUAUUGAGCGAUACUGUGAGCAAUUUGAACGCGAUAUGCUCAGACUCUUUGACAAGUACUACCGGCGCUCUGACCCAAAGAUGAUGAGCCACAUUGCACAUGUGCUACAGCGCUUCAAUGGCGGCAUGUCAUGCAUUAAUAUCUAUGUGAACCAGCACGACUUUUUCAUCUCCAAACACCGGAUCGUGGAAGCUGAGAAAAUCGGCGCGUCACCGGAGUGGAGCCAGAUUGCCGAUCCGAACUCGGUGCCACCACGGUCGGAGCCGUCGCUCGAUGCCCUCUACACGGAAAUUAAACGCACUGUGGAACUCGAGGCGCAGAUCAUUGCAGCUGUUUUUCCGACGCCUUUGCUUGUGAUGCAGCUUUUUCUGCGACGUGUGUUUGCGCAGAGUGUCCAGACGUACGUCGAGACUAUCAUGCAACGAGCGCUCGAUGCAGAUGCCAAGGUUCUCGGUACGACGCGACACGAUACCUCUAUUGAUGUCGCUGGCCUUGCCUUCCUCCGGAUGCUUCACGUCACACGAAGUGCGACACUGAUGCUCGUAGCCGAUCUCAAGACGAUUGACCUUCGAAGCGCCGGCAUCACCAUCACGUCUACGCCUUAUUCAAGUAGCAGUUUGGAUGGUCUCUUUUCGAUGGGAAACCACGAAGCAGAUGGACUAGUUACCUCUGAUGGGUACUCGUCAAAGCAGCUCGCUGCUGCGGGUGGCUCCGUGCUAGGAGCUAUGUUGGACCAGCAUGUCGAAGAGCUCUUCUUUCAGUUCCUCGAGCAAGUCCGCUACAUGGACCGUGAAUGCCAUGUGCUAAGUGGUCUUUACGCGCAGGCGCUGCAUCGUUUCUUUACCUGGCACCAAAACACGAUCAAGGCAUCGCGAGCCAAUGCGACGAUCUUCAGCCGAGUGCGUGAGCAGUUUACAGGCGGCACUGGCUCGUUCGGCAGUUCUGUGGCUUUUUCAACUCUGUCUGAGAGUGCAGGAUACGGCAGUGGUACAACGCCUCAAGUGUCGUCAUUUAAGCGGCUCGUCGACCGAGCACGUGGCCUUAGCAUCCCUGAUGAAAACACGGCCGUGCCUUUGGGCCAUGAUCCUGAUGAACACGGCGAGUUAUCGCUGGAGUUGGCUGAGCGCCUGUUGCGCUGGCACGCAGAAGCUCUCGGUCGAUGUGUGGAUUUGUGCGCAUCGUCAGACGUGCCGAAAAACACCUUCAAUCUGCUCCGCGUGCUCACGGAUGCUUACCUGAAGGCAUAUGUGGAGGCGGCGCUGGAGACUGCUACCGUCCAAAUGUUCGGCUACGACGUGCGCGGGGCAGCGCCGCCAGAUCUGCGUGUGCUCUCGCUUGUGCAGCGGGUCGAGGAGCUAUCAGAACUCUGGCAACACUACGUGCAGACAGCGGUAUUGCCACUCACCGCAUCUAGUGUCACGAUCCGCCGUGAAACCAACAUAUACAACAACCACAACAUGCUACGUGUGGAGGGUAAAUGCGAAGCCCUUCUUCAGAAGUACACAGAUAACUUGCUGGGCUUUAUGGCAGCUCGUUUGGCAACGCAAAAAAGGACAGACUACUGCCCACGAAACGACGAUGUCGCACUUACACAGCUCAAUACGGAGCCUUGCCUCGCUAUCGUUGAUGCGCUCGAAUCGCUCGAUCAAGAGGCACGUAGGACGCUUUCGGAGCGCACGCGCGAAUCCCUUUACACCGAAGUGGGCAUCGGAUUUCACGCCCUGCUAUGUGAGCACUUGAAAAGAUACACGGUAAAUGCUACGGGUGGCCUGAUGCUCACAAAAGAUCUGGCGAUGUACCAGGAUAUAUGUGGCCGUUUUGGCGUUCCCAUUGUCAACGACCGAUUCGAGAUGCUCCGACAGCUCGGUGCCCUGUUCAUUGUGCAGCCCGGUGUGCUGAAGUCGUACAUGCGUGAGGGCCACCUGAGCAACUUGGACGAGACCCUCCUGCGCCCAUACCUGCUCCGUCGUCAAGACUAUUCUCGUGAUGUUCGUACACUUGAUGACGCCAGCGAUGCAUCUACGGACGAUGCUACCGGGCGCACAGCAACGCUCCUCGCUUCGUUCAACCAGCAUUCGAUCCUCUCUGGUCCAUGGGCGUCGGAGAAGAAGAGCGACUUUUCACGAGAUGUGCCGUCGUUCGUGACGGAUGUGCCGGAUCUGCCCAACGUGAUCGAGCAACUUGUGCACCCACCGCAAGAACGGCCUGGCUCAGCUCGUAGUUCUCGUGGUGACAGUUCGCCUGCGCGCAGCAAUACACCGCAGUCAGUGCCCCUCUCGAUGCAAGACUCGCCAAGAGCUAGCGGACAUGCUGGACAAGAAAGUCGCACGGAUCGCUUUGAGCGCGCUUCUUCGCCCAUGAAAGACUCUUCAUCAGGAUCAACGGGAGGGCUAAUGAAUCGCGAUCGACUUUCGAACCUGCAUAACCUUGUGCAAGAUCUGGAUCUGAGCUAG